AUGCCGCCAAAGAAAGCUCAGCAAGAGUCGCAGCCCCAGGCGGCGAAGCCAUCGAGCCAGGGUGCAGCCAACAGCGGCAUAUCCGAGCAUGACAUCAAGCAGAAUGCGGGGGUGUCGGCCAGCAUGGCUCUUCAAGCAGGCCAGAAAGCAUGGGAGCUAAGGCAAGCAGCACACGGCGCGGGCAAUGCGAAAGCACGAGAGGAGAUUCUGGCAAAAGUUAUCAACAAGGAAAUUGAGGCGGAGAGCUUCGGCAAAGCCGCCAAAUAUACACAGUCGGGUGCAUUCCAGGGUCUUGCUGCUGGAGCCGGACUGGGUGUACAACCGGGUGUUACUAUUGGAAAACUGACCGGUGCGCUGGUUGGGGGUGUCGUGUCCACCGUAACUGGUCUCGUGGGAGGUGGUAUUGGUUCAGUGUAUGGCGCAAUGUCUGGGCCGUUCUGGGAUCUCGGAGAGAUGGCGAGUCAUGGAGUUCAGGGUGUGAUUGGAGACUUUCUCCCCGAUAUCAAAUGUACCCCUUCGCAGAAGAAGGCCCUGGAGAAAAUGGUCAUGCAGAUGAAGGACACACAGGCGCCCACUGAAGAAGAGCUCGAGCAGAUGAAGAACGACGCGCCGGACCAGAUACCACAGACUUGGUCGCAGUCGAUUGGCGAUAUGACGAGCUGGAGACCGAAAAUGCCUAGCAUGCCAAGCAUGCCCUCUGCGAAGGGUGUAGGAGGUGCGAUGGGACUUGGAGGAAUAGGUGCUUCGAUGAACCCAUGGGGAGGACAAAACGGAGGUCAGCAACAGAAGCAGCAAACUCCACCCCAGCCUCAGCAACAGAAGAAGAGCCAGAACCAGCAAGCACCACCUCAACCACAGGCUCAGCAGCAAACCCAGCAGUCUUCCCAAGUACAGAACCAGCGGCCAAAGCCUCCCAGCAGACAGCCAUCGAAACAGAGUACCCAGCAGAGUGCCCCGCCAUCCAAAGCUGACACCAAAGAAGAAUCUAAGCCCGCUAAGCCCCGUUCCCAAAGGCCAGCGACAACAAGGACACCAGCGAACCCCCAGCCAGCAUCGCAACCCCAGACAUCGACUGCGAACGGCAAGCCCCAAUCAAACCAUCAAAAGCAAACACCAAAGCUUCAACAAUCCACAACUAAAACUUCAACAAGCACUCAACCCAAGUCUUCGCCCCCAAAGUCUAAGUCAGCAACCCAAUCUCGACCAGCACUGAAUGGCCAGCCCAAGCGAGUCUCCUUUAGCGAUAACACGGAAAGCACCCCCCCGGCUUCUACCAACGGGCAGAGGAGAAAGCCAAGAAAGCUGAAUCAACCGACUCCCAACGCCUCCAAGAACGGCGGUGCUAGCCAAGCGUCUGCCCCCGCAGCAAAAAGGGCGCCUAGGAAACUUGAGUCGAGGAAACCUGCUGCGUAG